AUGUCGUCCACAUCCGUUCUUACCCCCGAAGAGAAGGAACACUUCCUCACCCACGGGUGGGUCAAGAUCCCCAAUGCCUUCACCAAGGAACAAGCCGAUAGCGUCAACGCCAAUGUCUGGACCCGGCUGGGCAUGGACCCGAACGACCGGUCCACCUGGACGCGGCUGCGCACCAACAUGCCCGGCCACAACAAGUUCGACCCCGCCGAGUUUGCGCCGCGCGCCUGGGCGGCCAUCUGCGAGCUCUGCGGCGGCGAGGACCGCGUCGAUCCCGGGUCGAGGGAGUGGCGCGACUCGCUCAUCGUCAACCUGGGCGACGAGAAGCACGGCGGCAAGCCCGUCCCGCCGCAGGACCUGCCCGAGUGGCAUGUGGACGGCGAUUUCUUCGUCCACUACCUCGACAGCCGCGAGCAAGGGCUGCUGGUAACGCCUCUGUUCACGGACAUCGUGUCCAACGGCGGCGCGACGGUCAUCUGCCCGGAGGCGAUCCCCAAGAUCGCCAAGCACCUGUACGAGCACCCGGAGGGCGUGUCGCCGCGCAUGGUGCCGCGCGGGCAGCAGGGGUUCGAGACGGGGCAGCACAAGGACCUGAGCUUCUUCUGCAACGUGGCCAAGAGCUGUGACAACUUCGUCGAGGCCACGGGCCAGGUCGGCGACGUGUACCUGAUGCACCCGCUCAUGCUGCACGCGCCCUCGAGCAACGCGCUGCGCAAGGUCCGCAUCAUCAUCAACCCGGCCGUGUCGCUCAAGGAGGAGCACUGCUUCGACCGCGAGGAUGGGAAUUACAGCCUGGUCGAGCAGUUCACGAUGCGCUCGCUGGGCAAGGAGAGGCUGAGCGGGUGGAAGGCCACGGGUCCGAGGGAGAAGGUCGUCCCGGCGCGUCUGCAGAUGCAGGAACAGAUGAAGCAGGAGGAGCUGAAGAGACUGGCCGACUUGAAGGCCAAGGAGGAACAGAAAACUGUUGAGUACCUCCGUAGCCAGCAAGCCUUUAAGAUGAGCGACAGCGACAGUGACGACUACCGGGUUGAGGCGCCCGUACUCGCCCACGAUGACCCCAUGCGGGCCUUCAUACCCAAGUCAUUCGGCAAGACAACGAAAGAGGCAAACAUCGCCGCGCAAAUCGAGCAGACGAGGAGACAACCCGACAAGCCAGCGCCACAAAAACAAAAACAGGUCGCUUCCGAUAGCGACGACAGUAGCUCAGACGGCGAUUCGGAUUCCGACGAUGAGGAUGAGGAUGAGGCCGAGAGGUUUCCGGUGACCCACGAGAUGGUGCUCAAGACACACGAGCGGGCCAUCACAAGCAUCGCCCUGGACCCUGCCGGGUCGCGCAUGCUCACCGGCUCCCUCGACGGCAACGUCAAUUUCCACGAUUUUGCGGCCAUGACGCCCACCACACUCCGAGCCUUCAAGAGCGUCGAUCCGUGGGAGACCAAGAAGUCAGCAACCUCUGACUCCCACCCGAUCCAACACGUCGAGUUCAGCCGCCACUCGGGCAGCGUCUUCCUCUGCGUCACAGCGCACCCCCAAGCGAAGAUCAUGUCAAGGGAUGGAGGCGUGGUGACGGAAUUUGUGAAGGGCGACAUGUACCUCCGGGACAUGAAUAACACUAAGGGGCAUGUGGGGGAAAUAACCACGGGGACAUGGCACCCCAUAGACCCGAACCUCUGUGUAACCGCAGGUUCCGACAGCACGCUGAGGAUAUGGGAUAUCAACAACAAGAGAAGCCAGAAGGAUGUGAUUGCGUUCAAAUCCAAGGCCCCAGGCACGGCGGGGCGCACUCGAAUGACAGCAGUUGCGUGGGGAGCCUCCGCACAGGGUACUACUCCCGUCCUAGUAGCCACUGCUCUGGAUGGAUCGCUAGUCAUGUACAGCGGAAAUGGCUCCUUUACGAGGCCCGCGGGGGAAAUAAAGGAUGCGCACCAGCCUGGCACGUGGACUGGGGGUAUCGAUAUCAGCGCCGACGGCCGGAUGGUAGUAACCCGCGGCGGUGACGGGCUGAUCAAGCUCUGGGACACGCGCAAGUUCAAGCAGCCGCUGGUGAAGAUCGACCACCCCUCGACCUCGGACCGAUACCCAAUGACCAACAUCAAGUACUCUCCCGACUCCCGCUACAUCAUCACCGGCUCCGCCUCUGGCCACCUCCACAUCCUCAACCCCGCCAACCUCCGGCCCGAACACGUCACCUCCAUCACCCCCGGCAUCCCCCUCAUCACCGUCGACUGGCACGCCAAACUCAACCAGAUCAUCACCGGCUCUGCCAACGCGGAGACCCACGUCCUCUACCACCCUUCCCUCUCCACCCGCGGCGCCCUCGAAGUCAUGUCGCGCGCGCCCAAGAAGCGCCACGUCGACGACGACCCGUCCUUCACCAUGGACCAGAGCCAGCUCGGCCUCUCGGGCGACGCCAUCAUCACGCCGGGGGCCAUGUCGGGCGCGCACAGGCGCGGCGGCGCCGGCACCGGCGGCGUCUCGGCCUCGGGCCGAACGUCGCGCGACCCCUACCGGCCGCAGGUGCAGCAGAUCACGCCCUUCAUGCGCAGCCAGCCCGACGAGAAGCACAUCGAGGAGAACAUCCCGCUUAGCCGCAUGCUGCACGAGGACCCGCGCGAGGCCCUGCUCAAGUACGCCGAGGUGGCCAAGAAGGAUCCGGUGUUUACGGGCGCUUGGGCGAAGACGCAGCCUGUUACGCAAUAUGCGGAUUUGAGCGAUGGGGAGGAGGCGGGUGGGGAGGGGAGGGAGGCUAAGAGGGUUAAGAGGUGA